AUGGCAAAUACAGGCGUAUUUGGAGGCGAUGAUACUUCUACUCAUUUGAAGAGAUCAAAUCAAGGCAGUGAUGGCACUUUUCAAAAGAAACAAAGUGGUGAUCAUCAAGCAAUACCGAUGACUCAGCAACUGUACUCUUCCUCUGAUCAAGAACAUGCACACACUGAACCAUAUAUCGAUUCUCUUGCGCUCUCCUCACCAACAAAUCAUUCUCUACCCUACUCACCAGAGUCAGAAUCUGAUCCCAUUCUGGACACCUCGAAUGAACCUUUGUCAACAGAGCCAACACCUACAACAAAUCCUACCAUGACAGCCCAACUGACAGAUGUUGACGGAGCAGAAGAUCACACACAAAAGGAAGUGCUUGAAGCAGUCAACAGGAUCAGAGCAAGAAGACAAAAGGAUGGAGUGAGAUCUGAGUUCAAGUCGAGGAUAUGGUUUAGGGAUGGAAGGGCAUGGAUCUAUGAAGUACCCUCAAUGGCGCAUUCAUACACUGUCAAUGCGAUCACGGAUAUCAUUCGGUAUCAAACAUUCCCAAACCAACUUUUGUUGCACACCGGAGGAAAUGCGACUUUGAUCCUCCAACCAGGACAUGCAAAUGCUGAGCCAGACCAAUCUUUGCGACCUCUUCGACCCAAAGUCCCCAACAAUCAAUCGGCAGAUGGACUUGGAAAUCCUUACCCAACAUUGGUCAUCGAAGCAGCCAAGUCUCAAUCACUUCCAGUUUUACAUCAAAAGUGCCUCGACUAUUUCAUGGAUCGUGUUGCUGCUGUGCUUCCUGCUCCUGGUGUCCCUGCGGUGGCUACAAUACCAAGCAUAAUCAGGAUCGUUAUUGGUGUCAAGAUCUAUCCCAGAAACAAUGGAGACUUUGCGAUGCUUGUUUUGUACUAUCAGAAUGGUGCAGCAGCUAAUCCUGUCAGGAUCAUCUCUUGUGGAACGACACAUUUGGAUGUCACCAAUACAAUCCAAAGACACUUGCCUCCCAUAUCUCCACCUGGAUAUGCUUCUCCUCAAGGCUAUGAAGGUGUCAUGCCUCCAGUUGGGCCUCCUCCACAUGUAGCCAAUCCAGCCAAUCCCCUCAACCUUCAAAAUCCUUGUAAUGCACUUGGUCUUCCACUUUACCAACUCCAGAUACCAACUGUUGAACUGUUCAAUGGAGCACCACCUUUGCCACCAGGUGUCAUUAUUCCUCCAUUCUACGCUAGUUGGAAUAGUACGACCGGUAUUAGAUUUGUUAAAGAAAGAUUAGAUCCGUCGAAAACCGAUAGUUAUCAAUUUGGUCAAAGAUAUUUCAGUAGUGAUUCAAAUUUCAAUAUUGACAAUAGCAAUGAAAUAGAAGCAGAGGAGUUGACGAUAUCCUUGGAAAAGUCAUUUGAGAACAAAGAAUUGGAUAAGGUGAUGGAGAUAUGUGAUCAAAUUCUAAGCAAAAAGAAUAGCUAUAAUGUUUUUGCUAUGCUGAUGAAAUCAAAGAUCUAUUUAGAAGUACAUGGUUUGGUAGAGAAAUCACAAGCUAUGGUCAGUCAAGCAUAUGAAUAUAGUUCAGAUACCGAUCAACUCUACGAUAUACAUGUAGCUCAGUUGGAGAUAUAUGAAUAUCUUGGUGACAUUCAACGUAUUGCCAACCAGUGUAAAGUUAUAUUUGAACUUUAUCCUGAGAGAAUGGAUGUGGAGUUUCUUCGAAAGGCUUUUAAAUCAUCGGGUGGUAGUUCGGAGACUAUUUACAAGAAUCAAUUGAUGACAAUGUUGGCAGAUCGAUUCCCAGAGCAAUUUACACCGGUUGAUUCUAUUUGUCUUGGUCUCACAUAUUUCGAAAUGGGCAAGAAAGAUAAAGCAUUGGAGAGAAUCAACACUGGUUUAUUGGCGAUGGGUAACACUGUGGACAGAGAAUCAGCAGCUUAUAUCUUUGUUGGCAUGAGAGUUAAAGCAUCGAUUGUCGGCGAAUCUAAUCCUUUUGAAAAAGUAAAGAUAUUGUGUUCCAUCUACGAAAUGGAACCGAAUGCAGAGAUGGCCUAUACUAUUGCUGCUAGUUACUUUGAACUCAAUCAAUACUACCGACAUGAAGAAAGAAAACCUGUUGACUAUUUAACGAAAUCUUAUGAAUAUGCAAAAAUUUCAUUAUCUCUAUGGAAUGAUGAGUCAAGUAAAAAUAUACCAAAAGAUCUUCAGGCUAGUCAACUAUUAAAUAUUAUUUUGAUAAGGGCAGAGACCUUGCUGGAAACCAUGGAUUCAACUUUGGAAGAUGCAGAUCAAUUGCUAAAGAAAGCCAAAGAGAUUUCCCAUCCUUUUUUGGAUAGUUUGUCAUCUCAAGAUAAAUCAACUAUUGGAGCAAUGGUUAGCAAUGAAGAUGUUAUUACCAAUCAGUCAGUAACUAAAGUCAAUCAUCUUUCGAAAUCAAAUCAAUUGAUACUCAGCAGAUAUAUCAAAGAUCAUAAACAAUCAUCAGAAUAUAUUCACCAUUUGUUGAAAAUAUUCCAAUUGUUUGAAGGUAUUUCCAAUCUAUCAAUUUCGAGUACAGUCGAGAGUGCUCAGCUACUUCAAUCAUUUUAUAACAAUGUCGUUACAGAGGCGUAUCUUGUCAAGAGUAUACAUUUCCCGAUGAUGAAUAAACAGUUAUCACCUUUCAAUCAAAUUAAAUGGGAUUUACACAAGUUUCCAACGACAACCGAGCAACUCAUGAAUGUAUUCAUUGAAUAUCCUUAUUUCAAUAUGAAUAGUUUGGACACUGCAAUUGACCAAGUUCAAAAGUUGUUAGAUAAAUCAUCAAGCAAGACCAUACACUAUGCAAUGAUGGCAUAUUUCAAGCGUCAUAAAGAAAUAUGA